AUGAAACUCAACAGAGUGUUCCUCUGCGCAGUUUUCAUCUGCGCGCUGGUCCCUAAUUGGGUACCCCAAAGCUGCAAUGUGCUCUGCGAAAGUAAUGAAGGAAAAGUAGAGGAGAAAGAGAGUAAAGAAGAACCAAAGAAAGAUGCAGAUAACAUCCCAGAAAUUUCCGACAGUGAAAAACCAACUUCAGGCAUAGAACAACAUCAGUACCAAACGGAGGUUACCAGAAUGAUGGAUAUAAUUGUGAAUUCCUUAUACACGCAGAAGGAGGUAUUCCUAAGAGAACUAAUUUCCAAUGCAGCGGACGCGUUGGAGAAAAUACGAUUCUUGUCUCUGUCGGAUGAAAAUGUAUUAGGAGAGGAGAAAAAAUUGGAAAUAAGAAUAUCAGCCAACAAGGAGAAGAACAUUUUAUCCAUCACGGACACAGGUAUAGGUAUGACAAAGGAAGACCUGAUUAACAACUUGGGAACGAUUGCCAAGUCAGGCACAUCAAACUUUUUGGAAGCUAUAUCAAAAAGUGGAGGUGACAUGAGUCUGAUAGGUCAAUUCGGGGUAGGGUUUUACUCUGCAUUUUUAGUGGCAGACAAGGUAAUCGUGUACACGAAGAAUAAUAAUGAUGAGCAGUAUAUCUGGGAAUCUACCGCUGACGCUAAAUUUACCAUUUAUAAGGACCCCAGAGGAUCUACCCUUAAGAGAGGAACGAGAAUAUCGUUACACUUGAAGGAGGACGCCACCAACUUGAUGAAUGACAAAAAGUUGGUAGACUUAAUUUCCAAGUACAGUCAGUUCAUUCAAUACCCAAUUUAUCUGCUACAUGAAAAUGUGUACACGGAGGAAGUACUGGCCGAUAUAGCCAAGGAAAUGGAAAACGAUCCGAACUAUGACAGCGUUAAAGUGGAGGAGACGGAUGACCCAAACAAAAAGACAAGAACUGUAGAGAAGAAAGUAAAAAAAUGGAAACUAAUGAAUGAACAGAAACCUAUUUGGUUAAGGCCACCCAAAGAGUUAACCGACGCAGAUUACAAGAAAUUCUUCAGUGUACUAUCCGGCUUCAAUGAUGAACCCCUGUAUCAUAUACACUUCUUCGCAGAGGGAGAAAUCGAAUUUAAGUGUUUAAUAUACAUCCCGUCCAGAGCUCCAUCCAUAAAUGACCACUUGUUCACCAAACAGAAUUCCAUCAAAUUGUACGUUAGGAGAGUUCUUGUAGCAGACGAGUUUGUGGAAUUCCUCCCCAGAUAUAUGAGCUUUGUAAAGGGAGUUGUAGACAGUGACGAUCUCCCUCUUAACGUGUCGAGAGAGCAAUUACAACAGAAUAAAAUUCUAAAAGCUGUGUCGAAAAGAAUUGUCAGAAAAAUCCUGGAUACCUUCCGAACCCUGUACUUGAAUGGAAAAAAAAACAAGGAGGAAUUAAGAGCAGAACUAGCCAAAGAAACGGAUGAGGAGAAAAAAAAAGAUAUCCAAAAAAAAAUUAAUGAACCCAGUACGUACAAAUUAAUAUACAAAGAGUACAGGAAGUAUUUAAAAACAGGAUGUUAUGAGGAUGAUAUCAACAGGAAUAAAAUUGUUAAGUUACUUUUAUUCAAAACCAUGUUACACCCCAAGAGUAUUUCAUUAGAUACUUACAUAGAAAAUAUGAAACCCGACCAGAAGUUUAUCUACUAUGCUUCUGGAGAAUCGUAUGAAUAUUUGUCAAAAAUUCCACAAUUGCAGAUUUUCAAAAAGAAGAAUAUCGAUGUUGUCUUUUUAACCGAGUCCGUGGAUGAAUCCUGUGUUCAGAGGGUACAAGAAUAUGACGGAAAAAAAUUCAAGUCCAUUCAGAAGGGAGAAAUUACCUUCGACUUAACAGAAGAUGAAAAAAAAAAAGAGGAAAAAGUAAAAAAAAUGUACAAGGCAUUAAUUGAUGUCAUUUCGGAUACCUUGAGAAAUCAAAUCUUCAAGGUGGAAAUUUCGAGAAGACUUGUUGACGCUCCGUGUGCGGUCGUCUCCACAGAAUGGGGAUUAUCAGGACAAAUGGAAAAACUCAUGAAGAUAAAUGUUAAUAAUUCAGACCAAAUAAGAGCUAUGAGUGGUCAAAAAAUUUUAGAAAUAAAUCCUGACCAUCCAAUCAUGAUAGACUUGUUAAAAAGAUCAGUUUCCAAUCCAAAAGAUUCUCAAUUAACUGAAAGCAUUAAAAUUAUUUACCAGUCUGCGAAAUUGGCAUCAGGCUUUGACCUGGAGGACACUGCAGAUUUAGCGCAAAUUGUGUAUGACCACAUUAACCAGAAGCUGGGUGUAGACAACAACCUCAAGAUUGAUGAUUUGGACCCAGCUAUCUUCGAGACCAAGAAAUUGGAACAGGAGGACUCUGGCGAUGGACAGAAGUUCCAUGAGGAGAUCAACAUCGACGACGAGAUACAGAAGCAGGAUUCCGCGACCGAGUCCUCUUCGAAGAACGACGAAUUGUAA